UUCCAAUCAUAAAACACACGAAAUAUGUUAGCCCGUCAGACCCGUUAAACCCUAUUUUUAAUCUUCCAUAUCACCUCGAUGUUGACGAAGCAACAUUGUGGACCAUUUACACACAAGUACAGGAUGUUUUUCAGCGCAGCUACCGAGGAGUUGGAUUCGUAUUUUCCUAUUAAACCUGAAUGCCAAGCUGAUGUUCCGAAGACCCGCUUCAAAGCCAGGGUAGGGAAAACUCUCAGUCCAAGAAGAUGGCAUGCCGCAUUUUCUGAAGAUGGUCAUUUGGACAUAGCGGGUGUUCUUAGAAGAAUCCAGAGAGGGGGCAUUCAUCCAACGAUCAAAGGGGUGGUUUGGGAAUUCUUGUUGGGUUGUUUUGAUCCCAACAGUACAUUUGAGGAAAGGAAUGAGGUCAGACAAAAGCGGAGGGAACAGUAUGUCAAAUGGAAAGAUGAGUGUCAAAAAUUGACAUCUGUUGUUGGCAGUGGAAAGAUAAUCACCUCACCUAUAAUUUCUGAUGAUGGUCAACCAAUUCAAGAUCCUUCAAACAGUUGUAGUACCCCAUAUGAUAAUGGUGCUUUGUCAAGUGUUGUUACUUUGGACCAAAGAGUGAUUCAGUGGAAACUUAGUUUGCAUCAAAUAGGUCUCGAUGUUGUUCGCACUGAUCGUGCUCUUGUAUUUUAUGAGAAUGAAGCUAAUCAGGCAAAGCUCUGGGAUGUUCUCGCUGUCUAUGUUUGGAUGGACAAUGAUAUUGGGUAUGUUCAAGGAAUGAAUGACAUAUGCUCUCCGAUGGUUAUUCUUCUUGAACAUGAAGCUGAUGCCUUCUGGUGCUUUGAGCGUGCAAUGCGUAGACUGAGGGAAAAUUUCAGGAGCAAUGCGAGUUCAAUGGGAGUGCAAACUCAGCUAGGUACCCUAGCACAAAUUAUCAAAGCUAUUGAUCCCAAGCUCCAUCAGCACCUUGAGGAGCUAGAUGGCGGAGAAUAUUUGUUUGCAAUUCGUAUGCUGAUGGUGCUAUUCCGGAGAGAGUUCUCAUUUGUUGAUGGAUUGUAUCUCUGGGAGGUCAUGUGGGCCAUGGAGUACAAUCCAAACAUCUAUUCGUUGUAUGAAGAGUCGAGUGAUCCAAAUUCUUCUCGAACCAACAAAAAUGACGAAGCUAAAGUAAACAGAAAGAUGCUCAAGCAGUAUGGAAAAUUUGAGAGGAAAAAUGUGCAAACUGGAUGGAAAGACCAAAGAGGCGCUCUUGCUGUUUUCCUUGCUGCUAGUGUUCUUGAGACCAAGAAUAAGCGACUUCUGAAAGAGGCUCAAGGGCUGGACGAUGUCGUCCAGAUUUUGGGUGAAAUCACUGGAAACUUGGAUGCCAAAAAGGCAUUGCACGAGGCAUUGAAAAUUCACAAGAAGUAUUUGAAAGCAAAGAAACCAUAAUAACCACGAAGCCAACAAGGGAGCAAGAAUUUCGUAAGAAGUUUUUGGCGUUUGUUUUUACCUAAUUUUGCUGAGUGAGUGACAGCAAUUCGUUGCUUCGGGUUCCUAUUAACUCCCAUUGUCUUGUGAUAAAAGUGCUAAAUUUGUUUGUAUAUAAGAUUUUGUGUUGAGAGUUGAAGCAUGAGCUCAGUGCAUUGUACAAUAGCUGUUCGUAAAAGAAAGGCCUCACUUAUUGGGCCCCCAUUAUAGACAUGUAAAAUGAACUAAUAUGCAAUUUUGAUUGCUUUAAAUUGUUCUUUUUUUGUAAAAUUUGGCAGGGUUCAUU